CACUUGCUCACAGAGUCGCGGUAUCAUUCUGCUGUCACCACCACGCUGCCAUGGCUGCCGCUACUGCUUCCUCCGUUGCUGCCGGCAGUUCCUUGGCUGGCCACCAGGCGCGCCUAGGACUGCCGCGGCGACAAGCCGUGGCGCCCUUCCUCUCGUCGAGCGCGUGCACCCGCGGCCAAUCAGCACUGCUAGCCAAUGCCACGUCAGCGAGGCCCGCUGGCGUGAAUGGGCCAUCGUUCCGCCACGUGGCACCACGAGCUGCGGUGUCGAAGGGAAGCUAUGGCGCGCACAAGGUGAAGGGCACGGGGCGGCCGGUGAUGGAGGACAGGGUGGCGGCCGUGGCGGCACGGGAGAAGCAGCCCGCCUUCUUCGCCGUGUUCGAUGGGCACGGGGGGGCUGCUGUGGCCGAGUUCCUCGAGAAGGAGCUAUGGCCCGCUUACAAGAAGAGCAUUGAGACGGCGCUGAGCAAGGGCAGGAGUCUGGAGUGGGCAACAGCGCGCGCCUAUGAGGAGGUGGACGGGCGGACGCUGGCCCCCCCCAAGGGCUUCUUUGGCAUGAUGAUGGAGCGCGGCAUGGGCGGGCCCAAGUGCGGCUCCUGCGCCAACACGGCUGUGCUGCUACCCGGGCCAGGCGGCUCGUACCAGCUGAUAGCAGCCAACGUGGGCGACUCGCACACGUACCUCUCGAGGGCGGGCGAACCCGUCAAGCUGAGCGAGGACCACAAGCCCAACGUGGAGGCGGAGCGGCUGCGAAUUGAGCGCAAAAAUCCAACCCCGGGGCAGCCGCUGGUGCGCAUGGCGGGAGGCGAGUGGAGAGUGGGCGGGCUGCUGGCGCUCUCGCGAGCCUUUGGAGAUGUGUACCUCAAGGACUGGAGUGACGGCACGAGGGAUGGCGCCAGGGGUGGGUUCGGGCUCACGGCUGAGCCGUUCGUCACUGUCGUCACUCUCGCGCCUGGUGACGAUUGGCUGAUCCUUGGCUCUGACGGUUUAUGGGACACAGUGAAGAGCCAAGAGGCCAUCGACCUGUGCCGCAAGCAAGGACCCAAUGCACAACUGGACGCAGUGGCAGCAGAGCUAGUAGGCCUGGCGCAGCAGAGGGGUUCCACUGAUGACGUCAGCGCGGUGGUCGUCAGGCUGCCCACCGCUGAUGCCGCCCCUGCUGCAGAAGUGUAACUGAAUAUGCUCUACAGUGCAAGUAGAAAGCACAGCAUUUGUUGAAUAAGUACCGUAGGUUACUUGGCAGCCAGGUGGCUGAUGACGCUGUGGAUUGGAGCCACGCGUGGCUGAUGCUGGCUGGUAGCAAGCAGGUCAAUGUUCUCCAAGGGCUUAUGCUCCAUCCAUCAUGCCCUGCUGCAUUGUGCAUGCACAAGAGAUAGUGGUGGUAAUGUAUGCUUGCUAUGCUAGAGUACCGGUCUAUUGGAAGUAUCAUAACAAUAGGCUCGGUUAAAGAAUCCACAGGUCACAGACCCGCCAGAAUAGUGCAAUGUUAACGUAGAAACGAAUGAUUACUAGAGGUGGAAACCUAGAACAAAUACUAGUUGGUUGUACUCACUAGAAGCAUACCUCAGUCUAGCCUAUAAC